AUGGAGCAAAGGCGGGCGCCGGAAUACACUCUCGAUGUCUUCGCGGACCCAACAUGCGUCAAGGAUGUCAUAAAAGCACUCCUCCACACCAUCUUCUUCCACCGCCUGUUCCCGCCCUUGUCGCCGUAUACGCGCGACCUGCUCGACCAGACGCUGCCGUGCAUCACCGAUAACAACCUCGAGACGCUGAUCGACCAGCAGGCCACGUCGCUCGUGCGGGCAAUCGAGUCUGGGACCACGCCGCAGCGCGGCCGCGGCCAGCUCGCCGUGCUGUUCUACGAGAAGACGCGGAAGAAGACGUACUUUAGCUACAAGGACGACAAAGUCUGCUGGGAGCAGUGGCGGCUCGACGUUACGCUGGCCACGCCUCGAUACGAGAGUGAUGUGCCGAAAGUCCGGCGUGCUCAGGAGAAGAGCCUGCAUAAGGCUGCGAUGAAGAUUGUCACGAUUGUGAACAAGGAGAAAGAUCAUAUUCCGCCCAUCACCACGACCGAGGCCAACCCGUUCCCAUAUGAGCUUGUCGUGAACCCCAAGAAUGACGGCUGGGGGCAACGGAUGGGAAUUUUCUAG